AUUCUAGCUACCGAGUCGUCUGAGCGGCUCGGGGCGGCGCAGUGCGCAGGCGCGAGCGUUUGGGUCUCGCCGCGCGCGGCGCUCGGUUGAAGCGGGAUUGAGUUCCUGGGCGCGGAGACCCGGCAGCGGGCGACCGAGGGAGUGGGUGACUGAGCGCCUUCCCUGCCGUCAUGGCAGCCCUGCGCUACGCUGGCCUGGACGACACGGACAGCGAGGACGAGCUCCCCCCAGGCUGGGAGCAGAGAACCACCAAGGACGGCUGGGUUUACUAUGCCAAUCAUGCUGAGGAGAAGACCCAGUGGGAACAUCCGAAAACCGGAAAAAGAAAACGAAUAGCAGGAGAUUUGCCAUAUGGAUGGGAACAAGAAACCGAUGAGAACGGACAAGUUUUUUUUGUCGAUCAUAUAAAUAAAAGAACCACUUAUCUGGACCCGAGACUGGCAUUUACGGUGGAUGAUAACCCUACGAAGCCGACCAACAGGCAGAGAUAUGAUAGCAGUACCACCGCCAUGGAGAUCCUGCAGGGCCGGGACUUCACCGGCAAAGUGGUCGUGGUUACCGGAGCUAAUUCAGGAGUAGGGUUUGAAACUGCCAAGUCUUUUGCCCUCCAUGGUGCACACGUGAUCCUUGCCUGUAGGAAUGUCACAAGGGCCAAUGAAGCUGUGUCACAGAUUUUAGGAGAAUGGCACAAAGCCAAGGUAGAAGCAAUGACCCUGGACCUCGCUCUGCUCCGUAGCGUGCAACAUUUUGCUCAAGCAUUCAAGGCCAAGAAUCUAUCUCUUCACGUGCUUGUGUGCAAUGCAGCGGCUUUUGCUCUGCCCUGGAGCCUCACCAAAGAUGGCCUGGAGACCACCUUCCAGGUGAAUCACCUGGGGCACUUCUACCUUGUCCAGCUCCUUCAGGAUGUCCUGUGCCGCUCAGCUCCUGCCCGAGUAGUUGUGGUCUCGUCUGAGUCCCAUAGAUUCACAGAUAUUAAUGAUUCCUCGGGAAAACUGGACUUCAGCCGCCUUUCUCCUUCUAAAAAUGACUAUUGGGCCAUGCUGGCUUACAACCGGUCCAAGCUCUGCAACAUUCUCUUCUCCAACGAGCUCCAUCGCCGCCUGUCCCCCCGUGGGGUCACGUCCAACGCUGUGCAUCCUGGAAACAUGAUGUACUCCUCCAUUCAUCGCAACUGGUGGGUGUAUACACUGCUGUUUACCUUGGCCCGGCCUUUCACCAAGUCCAUGCAACAAGGAGCUGCCACCACCGUCUACUGUGCUGCUGCUCCAGAGCUCGAGGGCCUGGGAGGGAUGUACUUCAACAAUUGCUGCCGAUGCUUGCCGUCCCCGGAAGCUCAGAGCGAAGAGACGGCCCGCGCCCUGUGGGCACUCAGCGAGCGCUUAGUCCAGGAAGGACCGGGCAGCCAGUCCGGCUAAGCGCGAGCUCCGGGGAGCAUCGGCGCGCACACCCAGCCCGCGCGUGUGCACCUGCGUGACUGCCGCCGCUCGACCCCCGCCAACUUGUCGUCCGGCAGCUUUCCGUGCGCCCCCGACACACAUCCGCCCGAGUAAAGAGGAUAAGAGUAGCCACAACAGAGUGAAGAAAAUGUCAAGUACUGACGGGAAGCAGGGAACUGCAGGGCCAAGGGAACAAUCUCUUUUCUGGGGCUGGACGAGGCUGGCGUCUCUCUGCUUUCCUGGCGGUGGCCCGCUGGAAGGUGAACGCUUAGCUGGUAGGCAGGCUCCUUGCCACGCUGUGGGAGCCCAAGCCAUUCUCAUGCACUGUUUAGAAUAGCCAGGCGCCAAAAAAAAAAAAAAAAAAAAAAGAAUAAAAAAAAAUAGCCGCCCCCCCCCCCCCCGCUCCGUGCCCCCAGCCACCACCGCAGCCACACUGUAGCCAGGAGCUGGCCUUCUUCUGUUUAGGGAAGAAGAGACGAGUGUGUAUCCUUUCGUUCGUCCUCACCAAGCCUGAGUGGGCGCAUUGGUAACUGGGGGAGAGAGCUCUGGGACCCCUGGUCUAGCCAGCCAAGGGGGAGGUGACACUUAGAAAUGGGUGGGAUAGACAGAGCUGAUGGGUCGCAAAAGGGCUGGCCCACCGACCCCCUUGCUAAAGCUGCCCAAAAAAUUCUUGAGAGAUUAUUAUAAACAAAUUUUGCAAAUCAUUCUCCAGACACCUUGGCAGGCAAGAAAGGAAGCAUUGCAUCCAUGAGAAUAUGCAGGAUACUUUGGGGGCAGAGGAUAAAAAAGUUGUGCCCUUCAUUCCUCAUUUAGUUUCCAGAAGCAACCUGAUGGUGGAGGUUCACAGCCUUACUGUUAUCCUGCUUGAGCGUUUCUGCUUCACCUUCCUCUCCUCCCAUCCUAUGCUUAAUAAAAGAACAUGCUUGAAUAUUAUCACCUGAAGUUUGCACUGUCUCUUUAAAUGUUUGUUUCAGUUUUGUUUUUUGUUUUGUUUUGUUUUUUUAGAAAAGAAAUCUAGAGGAAAAAUAAAGCGCUUCUGGUAGAUGCCAGGAAAACACUGCUCUUGUUUCUUCUCAGAGUUUGUUUUGUUUUUGUGCUUUGUGGCUGUCUGUGGGCCAAGUUGUCUCCC